AUGGUGCUACAUUUUGGCUGUGGUUUGCUGCUGCUUACGUUACUUGUUCUGCCGGGGCUAUUGCUCGGGGACUUGGUAUUCCAUUGUCCGAGCUGCACUGCGGAGGGCCAAGCUGCAUGUCCUAAGCUCGCCACCAACUGUACUGAGAUAGUCAGGGAGCCCGCCUGCGGCUGCUGUCCGGUAUGUGCCCGGUUAGAAGGCGAAUUCUGUGGCGUCUACACACCGAGGUGUUCCACAGGGCUGCGUUGUUAUCCCACUGCAGAUUCAGAAUUGCCCUUGGACCAGCUGGUUCGGGGGUUAGGGCGAUGCUCACACAAAGUGGACCCGCUACCCAACCGCACUCAAGAGCACCAGGACACGAGUAGUAAGUAACUAGACUGUCACUAAGAGAAGGUUAUCAUUCAUGUAGGUUAACAAGUAUUCUGUAUUAUACAUAGGGCCCUGUGUUUUGGUUAAUCAUGUCACAUGACCUGGAUUUUAACCUUUAUUUUAAGCCUUUUCCAGAAAUGAGAAUUAGACAAAAGAUUAAAGCAUUUGUCUGAGGAUGGUGCUGAACCAUCUGAUAUAAAAACAAAAGGUGACAGUUUGAUGAAAAUGCUUUAAAUAAAGGUUAAAAUCCAGGUCAUGUGACAUGAUUAACCAAAACAUACGGUGCAAGUUAUUUAAUUGUCCACACAAUGAAAGUGCAUGGCAUCUGCUGAAUGUUAUAAGCUGGUAUCAUACUGAAUAUAUAUUGUUUCUCUGUGUGUUUCUAUUAUAAAUAGAUCAGCAAUAUAUCUAUUGUCUUUUUUUAUGACUUGUAUUAUUAAUCAGCACGCAACAAUUCCUUCAUUAGGUGUAAAUGGCACCUGGCAAAACAUGUAUUUUGUUUCUCCAAACAAAAAUAUCUGUUCAAAUCGGUCACUAUUGAUUUCUGGGAAUAAAUGUUGACAUCCGUGGUAUGUUUGGACGACUAACUGGUAGAUCCAAAUGCUAUUGAUCUUUGUGGGAAAACGAGCUAAUUUCUUUUUGUCAAACUGCUUUCUUUUAUCUUUUUCCUUUUCUAUUACGGGGUAGAUCAGCUUUAAUAUUGCAGAUAGAUUGUGGCUUCCAUCAAUGUAAUUGUCAUUUCCAUUCCGCCAUAAAAAAAAAAAAAUGGUUGAGUGGAGGAUGGAACUGAAAACAGACAAAAGAUUACUAUUGACUAUUGUCAACUAUAAUGUGUCCGUAAAAUGUAUAUAGUAUGUAUAAGUAUAUAUAUAUAUAUGUAUAUGUAUAGUAUGUAUAAGCUGGAAGUAGAGGCCUAAGAGUUGUUGUCCAUUAGUUUACUCCAAUUAGGGGAGGGAUGGUAGGUUUAGGGCAAAAUAAUAAAGGAAAAUAUAUAAAGAAAUAUCUAUCUCUGAACACCAUCAAGUUUUGAUUACUAUUUGCCAUAUUUUUUUCAACUGUGCUGUGAUGUUUCACAAAAGUUCUGAACCUUUCUAUUAUCAUAGAUUCUACAGAUUGUAAAUUAAAGAUAAACAUUUUUGCUAAAAGUAUUAUUAUAUUAUUAAUCGAUUGACUAUGACUUUUCAGAUCACCCAGCAGUGCUAUUUGCAUGGUUAGCUCCAGGUAAAUGUUGCAAUUCUUCAGCCAUUCCUGAACUUGCAACUAAACACAAGCUACAUAUGGACAGUACCAAAACAAAAUGAUCUAAUGAUUCUGUCUCUUCGCAGCAAAAUCUGCAGAGCUGGGAUCGUUGUAUCCCCCAUAUAUAUAUAACAUUAUAUUGGUUGCAAGAAUUUAAUGUAAUAAUUUAAAUUGAAAAGCUCUAUGUUUUGAAUCCAGCGUGGUUUUGUGUAUCAGUUCAUAAAACUAUGUGCCAUGGAAUCGGUACAUCGAAAAUCUCUUCCCAACUAUUUUGCAAUCUAUAUGGCACAGCUGUCCAUUUUUUGGUCCUUAAAUGAAUCUGGUCUACUUUUUUAUUUAUCACAAUUUUCUGUAGCCAAUUUUGGUCUUUAAUGCGCGGUUGACAGACAAGUUCCUUCCUUUCUCCCCCUUCCACAUGCCUCUUCCAUUUUUGCGGUAAUGCUGCAAUUAGUUUGUUGUAAUUUUGAGUAGAGCAGACAUUUCCAUAUAUUUUUGUUAGCUGCAUGUGUGACAUAACUCCACCAGUCCUAUUUAUGAUAUGAUUUACAAAGAUUAUAACUUUUUUAAACAUUUUUUCCAAGAAUAUAGUUUUUUUCUAUCAAUUAGUAUAUACAUUUUGUCGAACUGCUAACCAUGUUUGGCUGACCCCAUUUCUCCGAUUUUUUUAACGGAAAGUAAAUGUUUAACAAUUUCCCCCAUUUUUUAGUUCCCAGAGCACAGGUCAAACAUUAAUACUGCUGGCAGUAACUCUGUGCCAUCUCACAUACAGCAUACCCUUCACAUCAGAUUUCCAUUUCAUGAGCCAGUCAAGAGUACAGAGGUGCUAUCAGGUGCCAAGUUGUCUUGUAAUUGAGGGGAAUUGUCCCAGAUCUACCACCUUGGGGCUCUCUACAUUCUCAUUAAUUAGGUAGCACGUCAUACACCCACACAGAGUUUUCCGCCUUUCACCCUCCAUCCAUCCAUCCAUCCAUCUCCCUCCAUCGUGUGUUUGUUUGAUAACAGUUGCUGUUAUUGGCAUGACAUCACAUCUUGGAGCAAUGUGAAGAGCUGUAUGAACUCAUGCACAAUGUGCUUUCGUCCCCCAAUACAUGCAAAACAACUUGAGAGUACAUACAGCACACCCUUAACUCAAUGGUUUCACUCAUCACUUUAAAGGGAUUAUGUGCUUGGAUGGAUAUUUGAACCGUUGUCCUCACCUGCCUGAGUGCACAUUGCACAGGCUGGAGCUGCAUUCAGUCUCUCAAAGACACUGGGUUCUGACACAAAAACAUUCCCAGAUUGGGAAGAGUUAAUAGUGGCAAUCAACUCCAUGUUUCUAUCUUCGCUCCAUGACUGAUGUCUGACUAUAAGUCUGUUUAGGGUUGCAAAAUUACCGCUAAUAUACUCAAGUUACCAGAAACGUCAGUACUUUUGGUAAUUAACAGAAAAUCUAUGGCAAUCUAUCGUAACUUUGAUCAUUUAUACUUGAAUUACUUUUAAAACAUGUAUUCAUAUAUAGUAUUCAUUUAUGAUAUUUGUGUCCAUGUUGUCCAUGAGUUUCUAAUAGAAUGAUGGUUGAAGAUAAAAUGGCCUAAUUCAUUAAAAAAGCAUAUCAUCAACGGGAUUAUUAUUUUUAAAUAACUCUGCAACUCUUCCAAAUAUUGACUUUCUUCACAACUGCCACAAGUUUGACGCCAAACCAUUGACAACAAAUACAGUUGAAGUUGGAAGUUUACAUACACCCUAGCCAAAGACCUCUAAGAACUCUGUUUUUCACAAUUCCUGACAUUUAAUCCUAGUAAAAAUUCUGUGUCUUAGGUCAGUUAGGAUCAACACUUUAUUUUAAGAAUGUGAAAUGUCAGAAUAAUAGUAGAGAGAAUUAUUUAUUUCAGCUUUUAUUUCUUUCAUCACAUUCCCAGUGGGUCAGAAGUUUACAUACACUCAAUUAGUAUUUGGUAGGAUCGCCUUUAAAUUGUUUAACUUGGGUCAAAUGUUUCAGGUAGCCUUCCACAAGCUUGCCACAAUAAGUUGGGUGAAUUUUGGCCCAUUCCUCCUGACAGAGCUUUUGUAACUGAGUCAGGUUUUUAGGCCUCCUUGCUCGCACGCUCUUUUUCAGUUCUGCCCACACAUUUUCUAUAGGUUUGAGGUCAGGGCUUUGUGAUGGCCACUCCAAUACCUUGACUUUGUUGUCCUUAAGCCAUUUUGCCACAACUUUGAAAGUAUACUUAGGGUCAUUGUCCAUUUGGAAGACCCAUUUGCGACCAAGCUUUAACUUCCUGACUGAUGUCUUGAGAUUUUGCUUCAAUAUAUCCACAUAAUUUUCCUUCCUCAUGAUGCCAUCUAUUUUGUAAAGUGCACCAGUUCCUCCUGCAGCAAAGCACCCCCACAGCAUGAUGCUGCCACCCCCGUCCUUCACGGUUGGGGUGGUGUUCUUCGGCUUGCAAGCACCCUUUUUCCUCCAAACAUAACGAUGGUCAUUAUGGCCAAACAGUUCUGUUUUUGUUUCAUCAGACCAGAGGACAUUUCUCCAAAAAGUACGAUCUUUGUCCCCAUGUGCAGUUGCAAACCGUAGUAUGGCUUUUUUAUGGCGGUUUUGGAGCAGUGGCUUCUUCCUUGCUGAGUGGCCUUUCAGGUUAUGUCGAUAUAGGACUCGUUUUACUGUGGAUAUAGAUACUUUUUCCCACUGAAAUUGUGAUACAGUGAAUUAUAAGUGAAAUAAUCUGUCUGUAAACAAUUGUUGGAAAAAUUACUUGUGUCAUGCACAAAGUAGAUGUCCUAACCGACCUGCCAAAACUAUAGUUUGUUAACAAGAAAUUUGUGGAGUGGUUGAAAAAUGAGUUUUAAUGACUCCAACCUAAGUGUAUGUAAACUUCCGACUUCAACUUUACAUAUUGGCAUAGUAAAAUAUAUACCUUUGUAAAAAAAAAAAAAAUGUAUAAAGGAAACACCAACGGUAUUCACUAAGUUGAUGGUUUAUAUUUACGAUAAUGUUUUACAGCUUUGCCAUUCUAUUUUUUAUUUUAAAAUUGUCUUCUUUAAUUAUUUCAUAUAUAUUUUACAUGUAAUAAAGCCACACAGAGGGACAGAAUUUAUUACAGACACCUGUGAUAAUCUGAAGUACCUAACAGGGCCACUAGAUGUCUUGUGAUAAAUUACAUAAAAUCCUUUAAAGAUACAACAAUUCUGGUAGUUUACUGGUAAACUUAGAAAGUUUCCAGUAAUAUACCCUCUCUUUGUGACCCUAAAUCUGUUAUGUCUUUUUGUAUCUCUGUUAUCUCUCUUUCUCCUCCUCUCACUGCGUUGUCUCCUUGUCGCCGUGCAGGUAAUGGUGUGCUCACACCCCUCUACAGGUGCUUAAUUACUGUGUGUGUGUGUGUGUGUGACAGAGCGAGAGAUAAAGAUAGAGAGGGAUGGAGUGCUCUGGGUGGAAGCUGCAUGUUAGUACAUGUGACCCUGAAGACGCUCCCCUCAGGAGGAUAAAGGACCUCCCUUUUUCCAGGAAGGCGAUCAGCUGAUGUUCUCCUUAAUGAAAUGCCAUUACGUUGAACCUGUUCUGAAAGGAGAAGCUAUGGGCCUGGAGAAUUCUGAACUGUUUAGAGGUCAAAACAGGAUGGAAACUAGUUGAAAAAGGUGCUUUUCUAAACUAAUCAAAUACUGUAUGUUUUAAAGGCAUAGCUCACAAUAGUCGCAAAACAGUGUUAGCAUCUUAUUUGCAUAAGUUAGCCAAGUUAAGCAUAUCCUAAUCUUGUUCAUCAGACUUCCUCCCAAUACUCAGAAGGUCUGGUAGGCCAAAGUUUAAAACAUGGCCUUGAUUGGGCCAGUGGAAGGUUCUGUAAAAAGUCCAGACGCUAAUAGAAAGUCAGGGAGAAAGUCCAGAUGCAUAUCCAUUAGCUUACCUCUCACCAAUCAUCUCCCACAACACCUCCCAUGUCUUGUGUAUGUCUGUUUAUGUUUGCCUUGUCUGCACUCGUCUGAUGCAACGUGGAGAUUUCAUAAAAUGUAGCUUGCUGUUUGAGUCCAUUCUGUCGUUUUUAUUGGGGUUGUUAGUUUUCCCAACAAGUGCGGCACAUACUGAUCACAUAUUUGGAUGAUGUAUAACCAGCAAGGCUGCUAUUUUACAUUAGCUAGCUAGAUGGUAGCUAGCUAGAGUUCAGCCUCUCUGGGAAAUGUUUUUGCUUUCACCCCACACGUUUCUGAUUCGCAGUCGUGUUAUUCACUAAGUUCAAACAAUGACAAAAACUUAAGUUCACUCCCACAAAGGCCAAUUUUUUAUUCAUUGGUGUUCCAGGCUCAUAUGCACAAUUAGCCCGGGGACAAGGUUAGUCACAUCAUUGCUAUUCCAUGAGGAGAACUUUGUGUGACUCUUUGUGAACUACCUGUGAUUUAUUGCACGUUUUUUUUAGCAUAAGUAAGCCACGUUGCAAUUGACACAUACGACAGCCAUGCCUCUCCUUCCCUUUGGAAUAAUUGCUAGGUCAUCAAAUACAACACUUCUGGACUUUUGACUUUGAAGAGUUGGAAGAAGAAGCAACUCAUCUAAUGUUUAGGCUUCUUGGCUAGACAAAACCUAUUCAAUUAUUGAACUUGUUUGAAGUGGUUUAGCCUCGAGUGUAGCCUAAUACAUUUCCUUGGCAGACAAGAAAGGUGUUAUUUGGAACAUACUGUAGUUACCACAUUUUGAGAGCACAGUUCUACUGUAAAUGACAACCACUAUCCAAAAAACACUAACAUUGUAAGUGACAUUGUAAAUACUGUAUAUUACUCAUUUUUAGUAUAUUGCUGAUUUGAACAGUGAAAGUGUGCCCAAUAGCAUUCACAAAGCCUCAGUUCAGACUACUUUCCAUAGGUAAGAUGCAGUUUCUAUGGCCAAGAUUGGAUCACCACUAGUGUUGCAAAGUGACUCUAACAAGCUGACGGCUGUUGGCUGAAACAUGUAUAUUUCUUGUGAAAAGUGUAUUUUCAACAGCUUCUGCCACAGUGCACGUUAGCAUUGAAUCUGGGUCACCUUUAUUUGGACUGCCAGAACUCUGUACUCUCUACUGCUGAGGACAUUUUAACCUGAGUCAGUCAGCCGUCCCUGAUACAGCCUGAGGAGAAGUAUACUGAGUAAAGUCAAAACAAAACUAGAUAUAAACUCUCUCUCUCUCUCUCUCUCUCUCUCUCUCUCUCUCUCUCUCUCUCUCUCUCUCUCUCUCUCUCUCUCUCUCUCUCUCUCUCUCUCUCUCUCUCUCUCUCUCUCUCUCUCUCUCUCUCUCUCUCUCUCUCUCUCUGCCACUCAGGCAGGGUCACUGUACUCUGUAUGAAUACCUUUGUCGAGUCAUUGGGUUGCUCUCCCUCCCGGGAGUGAUUUAAUGUCUCAAAGCCAUACUCCUCAGUUUGUGCCUCCCUAAUUACAGAGUUAGUGGAGCGAGACACACACACGCUCACACAGUGCCCCCGGCAGGUAGUUCACCUCCCCUGAGAAGGCAGGCAGAAAGUCCUUACUCAGCAAGAAAACCAGGCUAAAAGUGCUUCCAUACUAUUCUGUGCUCGCUUCCCGCGAUGUUCCGCUCCUUAGUCAACAAUUCGUCACCAGUGUUCUAUAAGAAUAACAACAUUCAGCUGAGAUAUAAACAGAGUUUAUGGGUUUCAAAAAGUGAUUGGGAAAUGAGUGUAAGAACAUCAGAAUGGAGAUAUUGUGGAAUAUUGAACCCUCCUAAACUGCAUUGUUGGGCCAAUUCAGCCUCGUUUUAGUAAGCCGAGCGAUGCUGCAAAAGGCUAGUUUGAAAGACAGUGUAACUGGGCCAGCAUAACACAGUGUAACUGGGACAGCAUGACACAGCUUGACCAUGUGGUAAUACAGAUUAGGCAUGACCAAAGAUGGUAAAAUGUCAAGUGGAGCAAACAUAGACUGCCACUUCAUCCACCAUAAUUGAUUUAUGUAGUGGUCCUCUGUAGCUCAGCUGGUAGAGCACGGCGCUUGUAACGCCAAGGUAGUGGGUUCGAUCCCCGGGACCACCCGUACACAAAAAUGUAUGCACGCAUGACUGUAAGUCGCUUUGGAUAAAAGCGUCUGCUAAAUGGGAUAUUAUGUACAGAUGGAAGUAAAAAAUAGGCAGGAUGGUUCGAUCUCACGCAGGCAGAGGCUUGUAUAUGGGCAGAGGGCUGUGACUUCAACAGCACAACCGAGCUUAGGCACCAUUAUUUACAACCUGUAGUAGCACACACUGUUGCAGAUGAGACUAUAGUCCACUUCUGACACUUACUGCCCAGCAGGAGAAGUGACAUCAGGGUGUGAGACACAUACCAGCAGGACGGUGCCCAUGUUCACCUUUGUCUUCUGAAGAACACAUUGUUUACAGAAACCUGUCAUUGGAAACACAGUGCUUUAAUAGCUCCUUUGUGAUUAAAGGAGAGCAUAGACCUGUGAGUGAGUGUGUGUGUGUGUGUGUGUGAACUCAUUCACAUCAUCCAUUGUUUUAGGGCACAGAUCCAGUUUUGCUUGACUUAAGGGCAUGAAUAGGAGCUAAGAAAACAGAUUAUGUGUUCUGCAAACCUGAGAGCCUAUACAGGAAAACAUUUAUUCAGCAGUCACCUUCCUUGUUUGGAACGAGUUCCCGGUGCAUAUAAACUUGUUAUGUGCAGAUGUCCUUGCUUUGUAUUCUUUGCAUAUACAGUGCCUUCAGAAAAUAUUCAUAUCCCUUGAUUUAUUCCACAUUUUGUUGUGUUACAAUCUUAAUUCAAAAUUGAUUAAAUAGAUUUUUUUUCCUCACCCCAUCUACAAACAAUACCCCAUAAUGACAAAGUGAAAACAUAUUUUUUUAAAUGUUUCCAAAUUUAUUGAAAAUGAAAUACAGAACUCUCAUUUAGAUAAGUAUUCACAACCCUGAGUCAAUAAUUUUAUAAGCACCUUUUGCAGCGAUUGCAGCUGUGAGUCUUUCUGGGUAAGUCUCUAAGAGCUUUCCACACCUGAAUUGUGUAACAUUUGCCCAUUAUUCUUUUCAACAUCCUUCAAGCUCUGUCAAAUUGGUUGUUGAUCAUUGCCAGACAACCAUUUUCAGGUCUUGCCAUAGAUUUUCAAGUAGAUUUAAGUCAAAACUGUAACUCGGCCACUCAGGAACAUUCACGGUCUUCUUGGUAAGACACUCCAGUGUAGCCUUGUGUUUUAGGUUAUUGUCCUGCUGAAAGGUGAAUUAAUCUCCCAGUGUCUGGUAGAAAGCAGACUGAACCAGGUUUUCCUCUAGGAUUUUGCUGUGCUUAGCUCCAUUCCGUUUAUUUUUUAUCCCGAAAAAUUCCCCAGUCCUUAACAAUUACAUGCAUACCCAUAACAUGAUGCAGCCACCACUAUGCUUGCAAAUAUGGAGAGUGGUACUCAGUAAUGUGUUGUAUUGGAUUUACCCCAAACAUAACACUUUGUAUUCAGGACAAAAAGUUCAUUGCUUUGCCAAAUGUUUUGCAGUAUUACUUUAGUGCCUUGUUGCAAACAGGAUGCAUGUUUUGGAAUAUUUUUUUGUCUGUACAGGCGUCCUUCUUUUCACUCUGUCAGUUAGGUUAAUAUUGUGGAGUAACUACAAUGUUGUUGAUCCAUCCUCAGUUUUCUCCUACCACAGCCCUUAAACUCUGUAACUGUUUUAAAGUCACCAUUGGCCUAUGGUCCUGACAUCCCUGAGCGGUUUCCUUCCUCUCCGGUAACUGAGUUAGGAAGGACGCCUGUAUCUUUGUAGUGACUGGGUGUAUUGAUACACCAUCCAAAGUGUAAUUAACCUAUUAAGGAUAGGACAUUCCUGGGAGUGUGUAAACAUACAUUUUGUAUUACCAUAUCAUUUUUUGUAUGUCCUCUAUAGUUAUGUACUUGAAAAUGUAUCAAUUGACCAAUUCGGCACAUUUGGGCAGACUUGAUACAAAAUAGUCCAGUAUUGCGUUAUUGUGUUAUUGACUGUACGUUUUGUUUAUUUCAUAUGUAACUCUGUGUUGUUGUUGUUUUUAUCGCACUGCUUUGCUUUAUCUUGGCCAGGUUGCAGUUGUAAAUGAGAACUUGUUCUCAACUGGCUUACCUGGUUAAAUAAAGGUGAAAUAAAAUAAAUAAAUAAAAAUUGCUAUGCUUCACUGGAUCAAUCUGAAACGUUGCACACACACUGCUUCCAUCUAGUGGCCAAAAUCUAAAUUGCGCCUAAACUGCAAUAUUAUAUUGUGGCCUUUCUCUUGCAUUUCAAAGAUGGAACAAAAAGAAAAUGAGAAAAAACAUGGUUUUUAUUUAUAUUCUAUUUUACCAGAUCUAAUGUGUUAUAUUCUCUUACAUUAAUUUCACAUUUCCACAAACUUCAAAGUGUUUCCUUUCAAAUGGUAUGAAUGAAUAUGCAUAUCCUUGCUUCAGGUCCUGAGCUACAGGCAGUUAGAUUUGGGUAUGUCAUUUUAGGCAAAAAUUGAAAAAAGGGGUCCGAUCCAUAAAAGGUUAAACACUAUUAUUGCACACAGAGUGAGUCCAUGCAAGUUAUUAUGUGACUUGUUAAGCAAAUGUUUACUCCUGAACUUAAUUAGGCUUGGCACAACAAAGGGGUUGAAUAUUUAUUGACUCAAGACAUUUCAGCUUUUCAUUUUUUAUUAAAAGGUAACAUUUUCUAAAACCAUAAUUCCACUUUGACAUUAUGGGGUAUUGUGUGACAAUAAAAAUCGCAAUUUUAUCCAUUUUAAAUUCAGGAUGUAACAACAAAAUUACAAGGGGCGUGAAUACUUUCUGAAGGCACUGAACUAAGCCUUUUUGUGUGUGCGAUCUAUAGUGGCGCUGCAGGGCACUGAGGGCCCCCCUCAGAAGAAGCCGACCAAAGAUGGCAGGCCCUGGAUGUGGUCCAAAGAGCUGGCCAUGAGGCAGGCCCAGAACGAGCUCAAGACCAAGAUGAAGACCAACAACUGUCCCGAGGAACCUAGGACCCUGCGGCCCACGCAGGUCAGGAAAAACCAUUACAAUAAGAAAGAAAAUAAGUCUUUGUUCACAUCUGCUAUUCGAGAGAUACAGUUCAGAAACUUAUUGAGCAUUAGUAUUAUGGAACUACAUAGUUUAGCUUUAAUGGUUGGAUUUUGGUAGGGUUAACUGAUUCUAGAACUGUGCUAUAGGAGCCUCCCUAAACAUACUGCUGUGUAAGUUGAUCACAGUUCAGAAAGUGUUAUUUGUAAAUUCACUAUCUGCAUGUCAGGGGUGCUGAAGGUGGGUGUGGUGCAGGAAUCAAGCGCAGGACGCAGAAGCUAAGUCCAAAAGACUUUAGUGAGUUAUUCACGUAGUACACGAGAACAAUAAGCCCGGAGGCGAAAUAAAGGCGCACACAGGCGUCAAACAAAAGGCGCACUAACAUGUGCGAAAACCUCUCCAAACAACGGAGGGAAGAUACGUAGCUCAGAACACCAAACAGAGGAGCAAUCACACACAACACCAAACAGACACAACGAGAACUAAAUAGGACACUAAUGAGGACUAACUAGACACAGGUGUACAACAUCAAGACAAAACCAAACGAACAUGAAACAUAGAUCGGUGGCAGCUAGUACUCCGGGGACGACGACCGCCGAAACCUGCCCGAACAAGGAGGAGGAGCAGCCUCGGCCGAAACCGUGACACUGCAAUUGAUUGAAUACUGGCCUUAAUGCAGGGGUCACGGGUGACCCUGGUUGGCAUGGUAUUUGGUACGGCGGUGCCCUCGUCUGGACACGCGUGCGCGCUCACACAGGUUGUUAUUUAUUCACAUGAAUUGUUCUGAUUCAUUUGUCCCUAUUUCUUUUAAUACUGCAAUUGAUAUAACUGUUGUGAAAUACAGUCAAAUAUUGGCAGUAUUUUGACCAUCAAUCAAUUUCUAUUCCAAAGUAGAAAUACCAGAGCCAAGUUGUGGGUUGCAGAGGGACAACUUAACUGAAGCUUCACUAUUUCUACAGCAUGGGGUUUGCUGGAAUGGUUAAGAUGGGUUUUCUGUUUCCGUGAGUUUACAGUAUGAGGUAGAUAGUGAGAUCAUUGUUUCCUCCAACUAGAGAUUAGAAGACUUGCUAAAUUUAGUCUGAUUUUUCUACAUCCUUCUUCCCUCAACAGAAUGUGUGAAUACUUUGCAUCCAUAUGGUAUUGUAAGAUCCAGAUAGGAUCCCUGGCAGGCCAUGCGCCACUCUCCUCCCAGGCCAAGCCGUCACACUUUGACCCACUGUGAUGCCUGUCAGAUACACUACUGUACAAUAUAGAAUAGGUCAGCAAACCUUCAGCCAUCAGCUCUGUUACUCUGGGCACCUGUCAUACAAACCCCUUAGCCAUCAGCUCUGUUACUCUGGGCACCUGUCAUACAAACCCCUUAGCCAUCAGCUCUGUUACUCUGGGCACCUGUCAUACAAACCCCUUAGCCAUCAGCUAUGUUACUCUGGGCACCUGUCAUACAAACCCCUUAGCCAUCAGCUCUGUUACACUGGGCACCUGUCAUACAAACCCCUUAGCCAUCAGCUCUGUUACACUGGGCACCUGUCAUACAAUGCAAUCAUUUAUUUACUGGAUGGUGCUGACUUGAAUGUCUGUAAAUUCAACAGACCGGGAGACAACUUGCUGCCAUAACAUACCAUAAUAUGCUACAGUAGGCCUGCCUGGUGCUGGUCCAUUUCUGAACUGUUGUAUUUGGUUGGUGCUUUUCAGAGCCCUUGUCAACAGGAGCUGGACAAGGUGCUGGAGGAGAUCUCCAAGAUGAGCUUCCAUGACAACAGGGGACCAGUUGAGAAUCUGUACCAACUCAAAUUCCCCAACUGUGACAGGAUGGGCCAGUACAAUCUCAAACAGGUGAGUCUCAAAUCAUUGAUAUGGAUAAUGCAAUAUAUCCUUAUUAACUCAACUCAAACUGGUAAAGGGGUCAACUGAAUAUGGUUGAAGCAAAACAAUGUUGUGGUGAUAAAAAAUUAAUAAUCCACACGCACACAUAUGCCAGUGCACACACACACACCCACACACACACGGUAGAGGCCCAGCAGAAAAGUAUGCCCCCAUACCCCCCGCCCUCACACAUGCCCGAGAAUGGGGUGAUGUUUUCAACAGAGUUACAAGGUAAUGCAACUGUUUGCAGACAGACUGUAGUCAGGCAUUGGAAAGAUGUACACACUACACCAGUCACCAGUCAAAACAAUCAUUACCAAUGAGAAUUUUCUCAGUGUCCUCUGCAAGCUUGUCUUUGUUGCUGGAAGGAUCCAAUUAUUUUUAGAAUGUGGUCAAAACGAUGAUAUGACAUAUUUGUAUUCUGAACAUACAGCAUCUAGGCAUCUGUCUGAAGUUAAAUGAGGACAGGGAAGCGAGAGAGAGAGAGAGAGAGAGAGAGAGAGAGAGAGAGAGAGAGAGAGAGAGAGAGAGAGAGAGAGAGAGAGAGAGAGAGAGAGAGAGAGAGAGAGAGACAGACAGAGAGAGAGAGACAGACAGAGAGAGAGAGACAGAGAUAGAGAGAGAGAGAGAGAGAGAGAGAGAGAGAGAGAGAGAGAGAGAGACAGACAGACAGACAGAGAGAGAGAGAGAGACAGAGAGACAGACAGAGAGAGACAGAGAGAGAGAGACAGACAGAUAGAGCAAGACAGAGAGAGACAGAGACAGAGACAGAGACAGAGACAGAGACAGAGACAGAGACAGAGAGAGAGAGGCAAAAGAGGGCAUUGUUUUGAUGACAAAACCCCUCGGUUCCCAGGGCUCAAAAAACAGUUUACCUCCAACAACACUUAAUCGGUAAUUAUCUUGUUCCUCUCGUAAAUACUGUAACUGUCACUUUUGGUUAUUUCUCUCUCCUCCCCUAUGGCCCUAUCCCCCGGGUCCUGUCCCACGCAGUAAAAUUAUGACCUCAUUCUCGGAGUAGAGGGGGGGGGGGGGGGGGGGGGGGGGUCUCCACAGGGGGUCAGAUGGGGGAUGGUGGGGCGGGGGAGGGAUGGUGGACAGAGGGGGAUGGGGGGGCAUGACCUGAGGAUGGGCUGUUAUUGGGGGGCAGAGCCCCACCCAUCCAUCUCACCUCAUCUCGGCCAAUCCAAAUGCCCUCCUGUUACGUCGCACCAACCCGCCCCCGAAAACGCCCCGUCUGACUGUAUCCAGUGCCUCAUUAAACCCCCACCUUUUUCUCUCUUUUUUCUCCUUGUGUGUUCCAGUGCCACAUGUCCACCCACGGUCAGCGGGGCGAGUGCUGGUGCGUUAACCCCUUCACGGGUGUCCAGAUCGCCCAGUCUACCAAGGUGCGGGGGGACCCCAACUGCAGCCAGUAUGUGGAGGAGCAGGAGACGGAGACUGGGACACAGCCCACUGCCGUCCUGCAGAUGGCAGAGAUAUAA